AAACACCAUGGGGAAAAUGGAAAAAGAAGCAGAAUCGAGUGGUGAAAUGAUGAAAGAUUUUAACAGCAGCACAAAAAUCGCAGCGAUCUCGAUCGGCGAUUACAACGAGAAGGAUGAAUUUUACGAUCCCUUCGAACACAGAGACAAAAAACAUACCAAUUCUGACUUGGGAUCGUUAGCCCAUCUUUUGAAAUCAUCCCUCGGUACCGGUAUUUUAGCGAUGCCUAACGCGAUUAGAAAUGGUGGUCUAAUAAUUGGUUCAUUUGGGACCAUAAUAAUUGGUAUCAUUUGUGCUCAUUGCGUACACAUACUCGUCCGUUCCUCUCACAUACUUUGCAAACGUACAAAAACACCAAAGAUGACGUAUGCCGAGACAGCCUAUGCAGCAUUUUUGUGUGGACCUAAAGCUUUAAGACCCUGGGCAAAUGUCAGUAAAAUAUUCGUAAACAUAGCACUCUCAGCAACUUAUAUAGGUGGUGCAUGUGUUUACGUUGUUUUCAUUGCUACGACGAUUCAUCAGAUUGCCGAGCAUUAUAAUGGAGCUAACACGAUAAGCAAAGUAUCCGUAAUGUUAGCAUUGAUACCAGCAGUUAUUUUAUUAGGACAAGUCAGAAAUCUCAAGUAUAUGGUACCAUUCUCGAUGGUUGCCAACAUUAGUAUGUUUGUUGGUUUCAUUAUGACUCUUUAUUAUAUCUUCAAGGAUAUCAAACCUAUCGAUAAAGUCAACAUGUUCCCGGAAAUUCAACAAUUGCCGAUAUUCUUUGCUACUGUCGUAUUCGCCAUUGAAGGAAUCGGUGUCGUAAUGCCAGUGGAAAAUAACAUGGAAAAACCGCAACAUUUUCUCGGUUGUCCUAGUGUACUCAACAUAACAAUGUCCAUAGUAGUUACCCUUUAUGCAGUGAUUGGUAUCUUUGGUUAUCUGGCUUAUGGGGAAUACACUGAAGCUUCUGUCACGUUAAAUAUUCCAGUGGGAGACAUUAUGGGUCAAGUGGUUAAACUAUUGAUCGGUUUGGCUGUUUUAUUCACAUACGGUUUACAACUUUUUGUACCAUUGGAUAUAAUGUGGAAUGCAAUAAAGACGAAAUUUAGUCACAAGUACGAAGCUAUUGGUGAAAUCACUUUAAGGACUUUUAUAGCUUUACUGACAGUUGGAAUAGCGGUAAGCGUGCAAGAAUUGGAACCAUUCAUAUCCUUGGUAGGUGCAAUAUUUUUUUCCAUUUUGGGAAUCAGUAUACCUGUGAUAGUCGAAACAAUUUCAUGCUGGGAUGGCCAUUUGGGUACGUUCAAAUGGAGACUCAUAAAAAAUGGUGUACUAUUAAUUUUUUCAAUGAUGGCAUUGGGAUUUGGUUCGUGGAUAUCUAUCAAGCAAAUAAUUAAGGUUUAUCAAAAAAAGAUAAUACGAGGAAAUGUAGAUGAUAAGAGAAAAAUUAGGAAGUGAUAAGGAAACAAAUAAAAAAAGUGGAAAGUAAAAAUAAGUAAACAAAGCACAACAUGUAUACAAUUACGUCGAGACUUAAUUACAUUUAUAACAUUCUACGAAUUUUCACGAUAAAUUAUUUACGUCAGAGAUAAUCUUUAUUUAUCAGUCAUUAAUAUCGACUGUUACAGAAAAUUUUGUAUGU